UGAUGUUUACGGAAGCUCACGCCUACUGCUGGUUCUGCCGGCUACUGAAGAUGUUCUUUUGUGGCUGCUUUUUGUAAUUUUGCAAGUUAACCCCCGCCAAACAAAACAAUUGGCCUGAUAUAAAUCUGGAACAUAUUCUUGUCUUGCGUGCUUGCUAAUAUACCGGUUCUCACAGAUUUUCCGACAUGUUAAUUAAGGUUUGCAGCAUUUUGCUUUUGGCAACUUUAUGUGGCGAGACAGCGGAAUGUAUUCAGGAUGCAAGUCCUGUAUUACAACAAGGCACGGUAGAGUCCACGAGCUGGAAUCUACACGUCCAACUUGGGACAAAUUCUUCCAAUUCCACCGAGUUGGCGUAUGGUUUCAUAUCAUGUGGAGUGGCCGUGCUCUUUUACGGAAGUAACUUUGUCCCGGUGAAGAAAAUCAACACCGGAGACGGACUAUUUUUCCAGUGGGUGUUGUGUGCUGCGAUCUGGACUGUGUCUUUGGUGGUGAACAUCAUCCUGGGAUCACCUGACUUCUGGCCCCUAGCCAUGGUAGGAGGAGCCGUGUGGGCUACAGGUAACAUCACUGUAGUCCCCAUAGUGAAGACAAUAGGCCUGGGCAUGGGGCUCUUGAUCUGGGCCUCCUUCAACCUCCUGAUUGGCUGGGCCAGCUCCAGGUUUGGAUGGUUUGGUAUAGAUCCAGAGGAGGUGGCCAAACCAACACUCAGCUACUACGGAGCUGCACUCUGUCUACUCAGUGCGCUGACCUUCUUCUUCGUGAAGAGUGAUGUGAACAGACAAUCUUCCAGCCCAGAGGAGGCGCCCCUCCUGGUGGACAGCUGUGUGAACUCAGACGGUGGCUCCAUGUCGGAUGAGUCGUGGGUGGACAGACUGGCCCCUCGGAAAAAACGCCUGGUGGGGUCCUUUCUGGCGGUUCUAGCAGGUCUUCUCUACGGGUCCUCCUUCAUUCCGGUUCUCUACAUAAAGAACCAGGCUGCCAAGCCACACAGUCCCUUCGCUGGUGCCAGCCAGUUUGACCUGGACUAUGUGUUUGCCCAGUUCAGUGGGAUCUUCCUGACCAGCACGGUCUACUUCCUGACCUACUGUGCUGUCAUGAAGAACAAACCUAAGGUCUACCCUGGAGCUGUGCUGCCUGGCUUCGUGUCAGGUGUUAUGUGGGGAGUGGCCACAUGCUGUUGGUUUCUGGCAAACACCUACCUGAGUGCUGUGGUCAGCUUCCCCAUCAUCACCACGGGUCCUGGUCUAAUUGCUGCAUUGUGGGGAGUGUUGGUCUUUAAGGAAGUGAAGGGCUGCUGUAACUUCAUGGUUCUGGGAGUAGCCUUCUCGCUGGUCUUGACAGGAGCCCUGCUGACGGCAUUCUCCAAGGUGUAGCGCCAUGUCCGACCACUAGGGGGUGCAGACGGCCCGGGAAUCCUUGCUUUAUCCGAAUCACUCCUAAUGUUUAUCUCACUGUAGCAGCUCCUCUGCAGGGAUGUGGGACACAGGGGGCAUUUGAUACUGAAUGACUAUGAGGGACCAUAAUGAAUCACAGAGGGACUAUAAUGGAUCACUGAGGGCCUGUUUAUCUGGGGGGUUCUUAAGAGAGAAUGUGUUAAACUGUGGAUCUUUGUGUUUAAGAGGCAGUCUCUGUGUGUGUGUGUCUAGAGUUGUGAGAGAGUACGUGUUUAUGUUCUUAGAGAGUACGUUUGAGAAUGUGUGCAUGUCACGCUGUGUGUGUGUUUGUGUCGUGAAUGUGAGACACAGGAGUCCUGCAGCGGUUUUGAGUGUGAAAAUAAAUCAACCUGUUUAUUACUA